CGAUCUCCCUACCCCUAUCCCGCCAACCGCACCAGGGAUAGCGGGCAUGUAGCCCGGGCUGAAGCGGAAUGUGAGCUGGACCGAGAAGGGAACCGACUUGCCCGCGGGUCCGGAAGCCCCGCCUCUGCGGCGGCGGGUCCUGACUUUUGAGAGGGCGCGGGCGGUCCGAGAUCUAAAUUUAGGAUCCGCGCGCCAAUGUCCGGCGUCUGUGCUGGCAGACCGGACGUCUCCGGACACUGGAUCCCAAACAUUCAGGGGGAAGGAAAUGGCUUUGUUUGGCCUGAGAGAGCGGAGGUGGAGCCGGACGGUUUGGGCUUUGGCCGAGAUCCCGGGGCAGGGCGGCUUCCGCGGACGCGCUAGGUCACCUCCUCCCACUUCUGCCCACAGCGGGGUCGCUGCCGUCAGGGGCACUCAGCGCGCGGUUGGAGUACAGAACUACCUAGAGGAAGCCGCAGAGCGGCUGAAUUCAGUCGUGCCAGUCAAGUUCACCAUCUCCAGCCGCACGGAUGCUGGGGUCCAUGCCCUGAGCAACGCCGCGCACCUCGACGUCCAGCGCCGUUCAGGCCAGCCACCGUUCUCCCCAGAGGUACUGGUUGAGGCCCUCAACACUCACCUAAGGCACCCAGCCAUCAGGGUACUGCAGGCCUUCCGAGUGCCCAAUGACUUCCAUGCUCGCUAUGCGGCCACAUCCCGGACCUACCUAUAUCGCCUGGCUACUGGCUGCCCCCGGCCUGACCAGCUGCCUGUGUUUGAACGAAACUUGUGCUGGGCUCUACAGGCAGACUGCCUGGACGUGACUGCCAUGCAGGAGGCUGCCCAGUACCUUCUUGGGACACAUGAUUUCAGCGCCUUCCAGUCAGCUGGAAGCCCAUCCACAAGCUCAGUGCGCACACUGCGCCGACUCACAGUGUCCUCUGGCCCAACCAGCCCAUUUGUCCUCCCCCAGGAGAGCAGGAAGCUACGGUUCUGGAGCUUGGAGUUUGAGAGUCAGUCCUUCCUGUACAGACAGGUGAGCUUUGUCCUGAGGCCUUCCCUGAGGGUGGGAAGGCUUCUGUGCAAUCUUAGCUAUGGGUUGCAGGUACGGAGGAUGACAGCUGUGCUGGUGGCCGUGGGGCUGGGGGCUUUGACACCCACCCAGGUGAAAGUGAUUCUGGAGAGCCAAGACCCCCUGGGCAAACACCAGACCCGUGUGGCCCCAGCCCGGGGCUUGUUCCUGAAGUCAGUACUAUAUGGAGACCUUGGGAACCUUGGAGAUGGGAAUCCAGCUUGCACCCAGUGGGAAAGCAAAGGCACAGGAGACUGGGAGGCCCAGGGACUCAAAGGACUUCAAGCUGGAGACCAGUGACCAAAGCAACUGGUCAUGGCUUAGGAUAAAGGUCCAAGAGACCAACAACACCUUGGUGCCUGGGUCCUCAGAGUGAGCAGCAGCCUGGACAAGGAUGGACUCGACGGUCACAGAGCCGUCGGGGAGGUGCUGCACACAGUGGUCCUUCAGGAUGCUGCAGGAAAGCAC